AUGUCAAGGAUACUAAGAAAGGAAGUAUUUCGUGGGUUCGGUGCAGUUAACCCUAAUGCAUUUAGACCCAGCAUACCAUCUUUUAGAAGACUUGUAGCUUCUUACGAGCCAAGUCAAGCCGUUAUACGGGAAUCCACAGCUCGAUUGGUGCAAGCUGGAUAUACGCCAGACAAGGCGAGAGCGUUCACAAAUCUAAUGCAAGGAAUUACUGCAGAAGCACUAACUGAGUUGGAGAAAAACAUAGGAUUCAAGGCGAAGCAAGAUUCUGUGUCGUUCCAACAGAAAAAGACGUUUAUCCAAAUCCGAAACUAUCUAGAGACGAUUGAAGAGCAAGAGUUUGACAAAAUUAGACAAGACUCGCAAUCACUCGUAGGGGAAGCUGAAAAAAUAAAAUCGUCCGUCCGAGACGAUGUUAAGUCAUCGCUCGCAGAAGUACGAUUAACACUCAACUUGGAAAAAGGACGGAUGAAAGAUGCAGGACUUCAAAAGAAUAGCUCUGUUCAUGAAACGGAGCAAAAAAUCAUCAAGGAGGUAGAUCUAUUAGCUGAUGAGAUUAAGAGCAUGAAAAUUCAAACGAACCAGUGGUUUAUGGGAUUUCUGGGAAUUCUUUCAUCGAUAUUACUAUUAAUUUUGUUUUACUUUUAG